UGAGGAACUUCUGUUUCCGGGAAUGUUUUGGUGAUGUGGCUAAGCUUCAGAAAUCCAUCCGAGGAAAAAUACCAAAUUAAAGACGGACACUUUCACCUGGGGAGGCGUCACACAGUGCCAUCUCUAUGUUAAGCCGCCUGGCCACAGUCCUCCAGGAGCUCUCUGGAGAGGAGGGCACAGAUGGAGACCAACAGGGCGUGCUGGUGCCUCAGCUCCCUGGCGGCGAGGGCCAGGAUCCAGCGGAGUCUGAGGUACCCGAGGAGGCCUUGGAGAGGCUGGCCCACCUGGAGCAGCUGGUUGUCCAGCUGAAGGAGCUCAUCCGAGACAAAGACACUCAGCUCGUGCAUAAGGACGACGAGCUGGUCAACAAAGAUGUUCAGCUCAAGAACGAGAAGGAAGAAGCCGAGGCUCGAUUCACCAAACUCAAACUGCAGGCUAAGGCUAAGAUGGCUUCGCUCAACAAACAGAUAAUUGAAUUGAAAGGAUCGGGAGGAGGCACAGUGGCAAGCCCUGACAGUUCUUUCACCGGAGCCGGCGCCGCGGUCGAGGAGGAGCUCCAAGAACUGAAGAACAAGCUGAGCGAGGAGGAGGCCAACAGCCAGGAGCUCAGACAGCAACUCCAGUCCUACGAGCAGCUCCUUCAAGAGAACGAAUCUGCCCACACUGAACAGUUGCAGAAGCUGCAGGCUGUGGUGUGUGAGAAGGAUGUGCGCUUCCAGGAGCAGAUCCAAAAACACGAAGAAGAGUUGAUGAGCAUCACAACGUUGUCUCAGAAUGACGGCGAGCUCCAGCAGGUACUACACGCAGCCCAGAGGCGUUGUGAAGAGCUCGAGGAGGCUUUACGAUCUCGCUCCCAAGUGCUGGAAGUGCUGCAGGAGGAAGUGAACAGUGCGGAUCAGCAGAAACAGAUCUUGACUGCUCAGUUCCGGCAGAUGGAGCAAGAGCUGGCCGAGGCGUUGAAGCUGAGGGAGGAGGAGAGGCAGCAGUGGGCCGAGCAGGCCAGCGGGUCCGGUGCGGAGCUGGCAGCUCUGCGAACCAGCCUGGAGACUCUGGAAGGAGAGAGAGCGAAGGUGGCAGGGCAGGAGAGCGAGCUGGCCUCCCUGAGAGAAGCUGAGCGAGUUGGUCAGAUAGAGGCUCUGGAGAAGGAGAAGAUGGAAGUUGCCAGACUGGAGAGGGAACUGGCUCUGACGAAAGAGGCCGAGCUUGAUGCUUCAGAGAGAGACCGGGCAGAAAUAACUCGGCUGGAAAGCGAACUCGUGUCUGCGAGAGAGACGGCCGUUCACGCCAGCCAGGAUGCUUCAGAGAGGGAGAUAUCAGAAAUUGCCAAACUAGAAUGUGAGCUGGCAGCGCUUAAAGAGGAGCAGGAAGAUGCUCAGAAGAAGGGUGAGAUCCUGGCUGAAGUCUGGAGACAUUUACGAGCCGUGGCUCUGGACGAUGUAGAAACCGCAGAGGAGGAUCUCGUCCCCGUCGACCUCUCCCUGCUCCUGGACACUGUGCAGUCGAUCGACUACAAGCUGACGAGGAUGAAAGACAAACAGAGCGAGAGUGAAGAGCAGUGUGCAGAGCUCACCCACACCAUGGAAAUCCUUCAGGAACAACUUGACAGAAAAUUGACAGAACAGGACGAGGCCACGGCCAAGAUACAGCAGUUGGAGCAGCACAUUGCCACGUUGUCUGAAGGAGAUGAUGUGACUGAACUGUCGGCACAGGAUUCAUCCGAAGCUGAAAAAGCACAUAUACUGGCACUGGAGCAGCAGCUUUUAGAUAAAGACCAUGAGCUGGCCGCCUUGCGAGAGUCCCUCAGACUGGCCGAAGACCCCAUGUCCAGUGAGGUUGCAUCAAGCGAAACAUACCAUCAGACUCCAGACCAGGAUCGCGACUCCUCCAGUACAGGCCCUUGUGACAGUUCUGCAGCUCCUCCCGACCUAAUGAACAACACACAAGAGGAAGACACCACCUUAGUGGCCGAGGACACCUCUGUCCUUUCCAUGUCCGCUGAUCACGAUAGCAGCCCAGAGCUUAUCGGACACCAUUCCGAGUCUCCGGAAGAAUCCAAAGGGACGUCAUCCGACGAGAUGGUGGCCAGCAGUGACUCCGAGGUGGCCCACAGCAGCUGGACCCUCCUGGAAGCUGUGAAUCAAGACGGAGGCCAGGAGUGGCCCUCCAUCCUGCAGGACUUUGGCCAACUGCAGCUGCAGUCGUGGGAGGCGACGAGCAUGGAGCAGGAAACCUCCACGGUUCAAGUUGAGUCGUCCUCGGUCAUCAUACGAGAGACGGUCCAGGUUCACCUAACUCAGCAGAGUUCUUCCUCCGCAGAUGCCGAUGUGCCCUCUGGCCAGGUUUUCGCUCAGGCCCUGGCCGAGGAACUCCAGAGGAGGUACAGUGAACUUUUGGCCGAGCUGCAGAGGCUAAGAGAAGCAGCCGCGGAGUCACAGGAGAAAAUCAAGAAUCUGGAAGAGGAAACUCAGUCCCUCGCUGCUGCAAAGGAAGAGGCUCAGUCCCAGGUCAACGACUUUGCAGAGGAGCUUCAGUUCGCCAGGGUGGAGCUGGAUAAGGUUUCUCAGCAGAGCAGCUCAGUGGUGGAGAAGCACGGCGCCGAAAUUAAGCUCCUAGAAGAACAGAUAGACAUGUUGAACGCUGAAAGUAACACGAAGGAGCAGAAGAUCCAGAGCCUGCAGAGCGACUUGGAAACAACCCAGCGAGCUCUCUCCGAGCAGGAUGGUCAGGUCAGGAUGCUGAGCGCUCAGCUGGAGGACACAGAGCUCCUCUCCUCGGAGCUGGAAAGGAGGCUGCAGGAUAUGGAGAACAGCAUGUUGGAAUAUUCCCAGACUUCAGAUCUCAACAACGAGUCUUUGUCGAAGAAGGACUCGGAGAUCAGCGACCUCCAGCUUCGUCUCACUCAGAAAGAUCAAGAGAUGAUAGAGCUCAAUGACAGUAUGUCUGCACGACUCCUCCAAGUGGAAGAAGAGAAAUUCCAGAUCGACCGUGAAGUCAACAAACUGAAAGAGCAGGUGGUGGAACUUGAGAAAGUGACCGACGAGAAGCAGCAAGUGAGUAGUGAAGACUCAACCUCUCGAGCUGUCGACGAACUCUGUAGUUUGCGAAAGGAGAAAGAAGAGCUGGAAACCCAACUGACGAACACAAAGAAGAAGUUGCAGGCUGCGCUCGUGCAACGCAAAGAGCUCAUGAGGAGGGUUGCUGACUUUGAGGUAGAGGCAAAAAAAUGGAAGGAGCAAGAUGAAUUAGCCAAGGGAGAGAUUCCAGCAAAUGAUCCGGAGGAAGAGAAAACUAGACGGGAUAUUCAAGAAAUGGAGGCUAAACUCCGGGAGCUUGAGGAAGCUUUGAGAUCCAAAGAGGAUGCGGUUGAAACUCUCCAGCAGAAGAUCGUCCGACAGGAUCAAGUCAUUGCUGAGACGCUCGCGCUGAACAUAAAGCUGGGCGAAGAAGCCGAAAACACUCGGCAGGCGUCAGACAUUUCUUCUGAAACGGCCGUGUUACGCUCCGAAGUGGCCACUCUGGAGGCGGAGUGUGAAGCGCUUCAGAAGAAGCUUCAUGAGGCUCAAGAGUCCCGCAGGGAAACCAUCCGCAAGGCAAAGGAGAAGGACCGACACCACCGGGAGCAGCUUAAGCAGCAGAAGGAGGAGCACAGCGAGCUGAUGGAACGUUUUGAGGUGCAGAGCGGAGAGAGAGAAGCCCUCCUUGAUAAACUGAGAGAAUUAGAGGAAAGAGUGAGCACCGAGAGAGGGGCUCUGCCUCAGCAGGCAACCAAACAACAAGCUGACAAUCUGGAGAAGCAAGCAGCGGGUGAUUGGGUCCAGGAGGACUGGGUGGACUUUGCCACGUCCAAGCCUGAUUCAUCACAACCACAAAGUGCAGAUCUGGUUCAGCCUCGUGCAGAAGCAGAACCGUCUGACGUCCACUCUGCACACAUGGAGGAAUCUCUGACAGCUCUCAGAGAGGAGAUCCAGAAAGUGCAGGUGGCCAACUCCGAGUUCGAGAAGCAGCUGCAGGAAACUCAGGCCAGUCUGUCUCUGAAGGAGGCAGAAUUAAUGGAUCUGAACGAGGAGCUGCGAGCGCUGCGAGAAAAAGAAAAACAGAUCGACGCACUCUCAGAGGAAAUCUGCGAUCUGAGAGAAAAGCAUCGACAAUCCGAGUCCUACGCACAAACCCUGAAAGAAGAGAUGGAAGGCGCAACCACAGCAGCAUCUGCCGAUUCCGCGUCGUCCGUCGAAGCUCUUCAGGCCGAGGUGGAAGACUUCAAGCAGUUUCUCGAUAACAAGAACCAGGAGAUAAUGGAGCUCAGUCAGCAGCUCAGUGAGCAGAACUCUUUUAUCCACUCGAUGCAGGACACGGUGUCUCAGAAGGAUCAGCUGAUCGAGUCUUUACAGGGAGAGUUAAAGUUUGAGCAGGAAAAAAUGCAGAGGUUGGAGGCCGAAGUUCCACAGAAGCAAGACGGCGAAAAAGACAGCGAGGCAAAGAUCCAGCAGCUUCAGCAGAAACUCAAGGCUGCGCUGAUCUCUCGUAAAGAGACACUCAAGGAAAACAAAACCCGGAAGGAGCAACUCGCUUCAGGGGAGAAGCUCACGGCCGAGCUGCAGCGGAAACUCGAGUCGGCGGAAGAUGAGCUGGAGAAGCUGAGAGCAGAAAGGCUGAGGCUGAUCGACGAAGUCGAUCGGACGUUGGUGGAGAACCAAAGCCUCGGAUCAUCAUGCGAAAGCCUCAAACUGGCCAUGGAGGGCAUCCUGACUGAGAAGGACGCUUGCAGGAGAGAAGUGGAGUUGGCGAAUGAAGAGGCCUCCAGGGUGAACAGAGAAUGGGAGGAGAAGGUUCAAGGCAUGAGGGACGAGUACGAGACUUUGCUCAAGUCCUACGAAAACGUGAGCGACGAGGCGGAUCGAGUGAGGCGGGUCCUGGAGGCUGCCCGGCAGGAGAGACAGGAGUUGGCGGCAAGAGGGAGGACGCAGGAAGCCGCGAGGCAAGAGGCCGAGCGGCAGGCGGAGGAGGCGCAGAAAGAGGUGGAUUCGGUGAAAGACAAAAUGAGAAAAUUCGCCAAAACCAAGCAGCAGAAAAUUCAGGACUUGGAGGAGGAGAACGAGAGACUCCGAGAGAUGCAGGAGAAGCCGGUGAUGAAACGAGAGGACAGAACUCUGAGAGCCGAGUUGGAAAGACUCGAAGAACAACUGGCAGCCCUGAAAGUCGAGCUGGAGGCUACAGCUGCCGAGAAAGAGUCUUUGGUGCAGCAGAUUGAAGAACUGAGGGAACAACUCGUCCAAACGGGAGAGAAAGAGGACAAUGAAAUCCAAGAGAGUCCUCUUGGCUCUGCAGCUGUUGUAGAAGAAGAAGUUGUCACUGCACAGAAAUUAGACAUAAUCACGACCAAAGCAGAGCCUGAUGAGAGGCGGUAUGAAGACAAAGAAAAGCCCUUAACUCCAAAAGUAGUUGCCGUGUCUGCACCGGUCACACACGUGCCUCCAGAGAAGAAAGAAGAAGAACAAAUGACGGAGAGCACUCAAACUUUUUUGGAGGAUAAAAUUAAGGAGAUGGAGGCGGCCGUUAACACACAGAGGGAACUGUGGCAGGAACGGGAGGCCGAACUCAAAGCUGAAUUGGCCUCACUCGAGCGAGACCUCCGGGAAAGUCGAGAGAAGCUGGGUCUCGUGGAUUCUCUGGAGAAAUGCCUGCGAGAGAGCAAAGAGCGGGAGAAGAGCCUGUUUGAGGAGGCUUCAAAAAGGGAAACUCAGUUCAAAGAACUCCUCAGAAGCCUCGAAACGGAGAAAGACAACCUGGAGGAGCGUCUGAUGAACCAGCUGGCCCAACUCAACGGGAGCAUUGCCGGCUACCAGCAGGAGACGGCGGACAACCGCGAGCACCUGACCGAACUGCAGCGCGAGGUGGAGCUGUUGGAGAGGGAGCGAGCCGAGCUUGAGGCUGAGGCUCAGAGCGAGAGGGACCGGGCUUCGAGGCUGGAGGAGGACAUGAGGCAAGCCCAAAGGGAGCGGGCCGAGGCGGAGGCAGAGUCCGGCAAGCAGAGGGAGCUGGAGCAGCAGCUGAGGUCUGCGCAGAGGGUCCGAGAAGGCAGCCAGAGUAGAGCGCGGCAGCUGGAAGAGCUGCUGAGGGAGAAGCAGCUGGAGGUGCGGCAGAUGCAGAGAGACGGCAUCCAGUACCAGGAGAGGAUCAGUGAGCUGGGGAGGGAAGCCAAGGCGCUGCAGCAAGGCAAUGACGAGCUCAACAAGAAACUUGGACAAUCCCAGCUGGAGGCUGCCACGACUCAAGAGCACCUGAAAAGGGCUGAGGCAGAGUUGGCCGGCUGCAAAUCUCACCUGGACGAGGUCCAGAAACAGUUGAGCGAGACCUCAGCCGAGAAGACGACCCUGGAACAGAGUGCCCAGCAGAAAGAGCUCUCGAUGAAGGCGGAGGCGGAGCAAACGCUGGACUCAGUGAGGUUACGGCUGGGAGCCGAACUGAAGGAGGUGGAGCUGAGGCUGGAGGAGGCCUACAGGGAACGGGAGAAGGAAGAAGACGCGACCCUGGAGGCCAGAGAGGUGGCCGAGGGCGCCGAGAGACGAGCCCAGGCGAUGCAAGCCCGUCUAGACGAGUCUCUGGCCAGGUUGGCCGCCUUCUCGCGCUGCAUGUCCUCGCUGCAGGACGACCGGGACAGAGUUUUGGACGAGGCCCGGCAGUGGGAGACUCGCUUCAAUGAUACGCUGCGGGGCAAGGAGGCUGAAGUCCGGGAGGCCGAGAGCCGGGCCAGGGACCUGACGGAACAGCUUCAGAAGGAAACUUCUCUGAAGGAGGAACUUCAGCUUUCUGUGAACAGACUUGAGAAAGCAGACAAAGACUGGCAACUGAGACUGGAAGAAGAGGAAAAGAAAGUGACAGAGACUCAAGCUGCCCUCGAGGAUGAAACGACCAAGCUUCGACAAACCACAGCCGAGUUGAAGUCUGCACAGAAUGAAGUCGGAACACUGACCGAGGAGCUGGAGGGUCUUCAUCACCGAGUCCGGGCUCUCGAGGAGGCUGUGGGUCGGCUGCAGGGCGAGGUGGACCGGGCCAGAACCGAGCUGAGGGAGAGGGAGGCUGAGGAGAGGCGGCUGUGUCUGAACGUGGAGCAGCUGGAGACGGACCUGAGGUCCUCGAAGGCUUUGACGGAGAGUCUGCAGACGGAGUUGAACGAGAAGGAACGGAGAGAAGUGGAAAUGCUGGUGGAGAAGGAGCAAGCUGCUGCUCAGGCUGCGGACGAGGCCAGAAAGGAGGCCGACAGCCGGGCGGAGGAAGCGGAGAAGGAGCUGGAGCAGAGAAGGGAGGAAGUACGGGAUCUGGAGGAAAAACUGCGAAAGGCGGACGAAGAGAGCAACAACCGAAAAACUAGACUGGACUCGUUCAUGAAGGCCAUGGGCUCUUUGCAGGACGACCGAGACCGGGUCCUCAACAUGUACAAACAGCUCGAGGAGAAACACCUGCAGGUCAUGAUGGACAAGGACAGUUUGAUUCAAGAGGCGGCGGGGGAGAACAACAGCCUGAAGGAAGAGCUGCGCUCUCUGCUGGUCCAGAGAGAUGACCUGUAUGCGGAGAAGGGCAAACUGUCUGCUCAGCUGCACGGCUACCGCGACGAACUCAACCAAGUCCUGAGCAUGAAGGAGUCCCAGCACAAACAGCUUCUGGCCACUCAGAGGGCGCGAAUCGCCACCCUGGAAAGGGAACGCGAGGAAAUGGAGAGUCAGUUGAAGAGCGUUAGCAGAGCCAUAGAGACGGAAGUGGAGGUGGGGCGAGUGGAGAGGGAGAUUCUCAGUCAGGCUGCGGACAGCACGACGGGAUCGCAGGUGAUGGAUGCUCCCGGGGCGGAGGUCGAGAAGCUGAGGGAGCAGCUGCAGGCAGCCAGAGCACAAGUGGAGGCUUUGGAGGAGAGCCUGUCGAGGGAGAGACGGGAGCAGGACAGCAACAGCAAAGAGCUCACCGAGCUGCGGUGGGAGGGAGGCGUGAUGCGGACAGAGUCAGAGAGCGCCCAGGAGCGGGUGGCCGAGCUGGCCCGGGACCUGCUGGUCGUCGAGCAGAGGCUGCUCGAGGAGAAGGAGGCGACGACCCAACUGAGGGCGGAGAACCAGUCGUUCGCCAAGGCCAUGGCCUCCCUCCAGGACAGCAGGGACCAGGCGGUGAACAAGGCCCAGGAAGUGAGCCUGAAGCUAGAGGAGUUGGUGAGCAAGACGGGUGGCCACGUGGCGCCCAGCGGCCCCGGAGGGGGAGGCUCCUCUGGAGAAGUGUGGGGCCUGAAAAACGCCCUGCAAGCCCUUCAGAAUGACCGGGAGAGACUGCUGGAGCAGCUUCGGACGCAAACAUUGGAGCUCCACAGGCAGCAGACGGAGCUGGCUCGGCUGGGAGCUGGGGAGCUGAUCAAAGUCAGCCAGGAGCUGUUCGAGGAGAAGAAGAAGAAUGACGACAUGCUGGGCGUCCUGUCGCAGCUGGAGCAUGUGGCGGAAACGGGCAAACAGGAAGUCGAGACGCUCAGGCUGGAGCGUUUUGACUGGAUGGCUCAGGCCGAGCAGCUGAAGCAUCAGACCCUCGCCACGCUGUCGGAGAGGGACCAUCAACUGAGACAACUCACCGCCAUGCUGGAGGAAGCUCGCGCUCACUGGCCCAAACUUCAGCAGGAACACUAUCAGAGAGAGGGCACGGAGAAAGGCGACAGUCCCCCCGGAGCCCCGCAGGAGCGAAGCAGCCAGCUGGACGUCCACUCCUACAUCGCUGAGGUCAAAGAUUUGCAGCGGAGGCUGGAUGACGAGACACAGCAGAGGGUGUCUGCCGAGGAGCAGCUGAUGGCCACGCAGGACCGACUCAAACGUCACAGCCCGGCCAAAUGGAACUCCGCGCUCGACGGGGAUCAGUCAGAGACGGCCGUUUUCAUUGAGCCGCCGGAAGGAGCUGUCACACGACAGAUCCGGAGAGGCGGCCCGGGUUUGGUGCGGAUGCUGCGAGUGGCCUUCUGCUCUCGCCAGCGCACGCCGCUGCUGUUCAGCCUCUACCUGCUCACGGUGCACGUCCUGCUGCUGCUGUGUCUCGGGGGAUUCCUCUGAGAGCUUCCGUCUUUUUACAGACCUGACAGAUAAGAGACACGGACACAGAGACAGAGACAGAGAGAGAGAGAGAGAGAGAGAAGGGGGUGGAGGGGGGAUGACAGACCUAACCCAAGCCAUCGAUAUGUUUUAUAUUGUUAAAUUGUAAUAAAUGGAAGGGUGUGGAAGUUGUUCCGCACACACACACAUUGCACUUUACAGGAACUUACACUUUUAGCCAAAGUAUAUAGAUUAAUGUGGAGAGCUGCUCUGGUUGAUUUAAAAAAAAAAAAUUGAUCUUGUAUGACUUUGAGUGUGUGUGUGACAGGGUAGAGAGGACUUAAGGGACAAAUAUUUUAAAAUUCCUUUGGUUUAAAGGGGAGAAACAGGUUGAUAAUUCUAAGUAUUUUCUGGCAGGUGGUUCUGUCCAUGUGCCUUUAGAUGGGGAUAGAGAAGGGUUACAUUGUGUUUAAGCGCAAGUUGGACAUUUUGGGAAAUGUCAUAAAUGAGAGUUGCUGUUCUGAAUCUCACAAAUUUGUGCUUUAUGUCUAAUUUGUGUAAUCUUAACAAAAAAUAAAAUAAGAGUUAGCCAAGCUAGCUGCCGACCCCCAAGUGGAGGAAACUAACUGGACAUAAAUUAGUUAAAACUAUUUUAAAUACUGUUUAAACACAGAUGAAUCACUAGUAAAAUACUAAUAAUGUUUCAUACUGUCAGUACAUUUUGCAGGUAACACUUCUGUGCUUUUAGAAGCAGAAUUUUAAAUGGAGAACUCCCUUGUAAUGGAGUAUUUCUAUAGUGUAAUACUGAAAAGUGUUUCCAGUUUCCUGAAAUCCGAGUGAUAUGAAUAGUUUAAUUUCCCAAAAUGUUGAACUUUUCUCUUCAGAUGGCUUGAGGUUCAGGACGUCCUGUCACUGUUGGGUCUCUUCCUCUUUUUAACUCCUUUCAUGCACAAAAAAAAAACGGAGCACGGUGCAAUUUCUGUUCUUACACAUUCGUACUGUGUGUUUCUCUUUUCUCCUCUUCCUCAGAUAGAAAUCACAUUAUUUGCACAUACUGUACGUAAAACAUACGUGUCAUAUACGUCAGGUGGAGUCGGGUUUCCUUCUUUCGUAUCCAAUAACAUUCCGUGUCAGCGCUUCGUGUUGCACAUACUUAGAUGUUUUUCAAGUUUCCUGUUAGUUUUUACGGCAGACGAAGUUGCCUUAUGGUGAAGUUUAACCACAGUGUGGGAUCAUUCCAGAGGAGGAAGACUGCUGUUUAAUCAUGAUAUCCAUCCAUCCCGUUAUUGACUACUCGGACGUAGCGUAAUCUUUAUUGAUCAUGAGUUGUAUCUACAUAGAUAUCCACCUAAUUUUUCCGUUCAAUAACUUGUGUGUGUGUGUUAAACGACUACUCUGUAAUCACCUUCUUUCCAAAUUAACCUUCCUCACAUACUUGAGCUGUAAAUAACUUGUUUAAAAAGGGCUGUAUAGAAAAAUAAACUGUUGGUGGUUUAGAUCAGGG